CGGCACUCACUCCUCCACAAUCUUCUCUGCCUAAAGAGAAAAAAAAAAGCCCUUUCUUCUUCCAACACAGAAGUAGAAGAAGGAGAAGAAGAUUAUCAGACUUACUUUCAAACCCUCAUUCUUUCAAAACUUCGAUUAUCUUUUCUCAUCCUUGGUAAGUCUCGUCUGAGUCAAACGCUUAUAUCUUUAUUCGUUUCUGUUUAAGAUUAAACGUGAUCUUUUUACGUAAAGGAAGUAAGAUUUUGAUUCCCUCUGGUUUUGGAUUAGUACUUUUUACUUCCGUUUUUUUGUUGAAUGGCGGAUUCUGAUAAUGAAUCGGGAGGAAAUAAUAACCAUAACACCGAAUUAUCACCAAGGGAACAAGAUAGGUUUUUACCCAUAGCUAACGUAAGUAGAAUCAUGAAAAAAGCAUUACCGGCGAAUGCAAAGAUAUCGAAAGAUGCUAAAGAGACAGUACAAGAGUGUGUAUCAGAGUUUAUAAGUUUUAUAACAGGAGAAGCAUCAGAUAAAUGUCAAAGAGAGAAAAGAAAAACGAUCAAUGGCGAUGAUUUAUUAUGGGCUAUGACUACUUUAGGUUUUGAAGAGUACGUUGAACCAUUAAAGAUAUAUCUACAGAAGUUUAGAGAAAUGGAAGGUGAGAAAAGCACGAUGACCGGUCGGCCCGGUGAAAAAGAUGGGUCUGGUGGUAGUGGAGGAGGAGGAGGAGGUGGUGGAAAUGGUGGCAGUGUAAAUUCAGGCAAUAAUAGUGGUGGUUACAGUGGGAGUGCAAUGUAUGGUGGGUUACAAGGUUCUAUGAAUCCUGUGAUGAUGGGGCAUCAUCAACAAGGACCAAUAUAUGGAUCUGGUUCUUAUCAACACACGGUAGUGGGCAUUGGUGGUGGUGGCGGUUCAAGUAAGGGCAUUUCAGGUAGCUCAGCGCUUGACGGUGGUGGUGGAAGGGUAAGAUAGUAUUAGUUAAUUUAGAUGCAUGAUUAUAUAUGUUGAUAAUGUGUGAUAGUAUAAUUCCUUUCUCUUUGUUAAAAAUGGUCAUGGUCAUGGUCAUUUUCUUGUUUCUUUUAUGAGGUUAAAUUUGGAUUAGAUGGAUAAUAUUGUGUUUAGUUAGUCACUUGGGCCUGUAAUUAGAAUGAAAAUAUCUGUAUCAUAUAAAUCAUUUAGUCAUAUUUGGAUCUUGAAAGGUACUUUUUCUCCC